UACACCGAUGCGAAAUCCCACUGAGAAAUGUAACGACCAGAUCAGUCUGAUAGUAGAAUAAAAUCGGGCUGACGAAGGCCGAUCGGGGCGUUACAUUUCUCAGUGGGAUUGCGAUGGUUUUUGCUUUGCUGUCAAAGUGAUUUUUUCACCAUAAACGUGUUUUGUUUGGUAGACGAGACGAAUUCCGAGUCGAGUUCCACAGCGCGUACCUGAGGGUGGCCACGAUCGCGAUUUUCCUUCGUGCUGCGUCCGUCAAUUUCCUCCGUCCGUUUGGCCUUGGCCACCGCACAGUGUGCCCGGAAAAUAUCUUCCUUUUCGGUCCUUCGACGUGAAACGUGCACCACACCAGAAAGGUACUUUGUUUUUCUCGGCCAAAAUCUGAAAUUUGUGAACGCUCCGGCCACCCCGGAGCCAGCGAACAAGAAGGCUAAAACGAGAAAAAACUGCCUGCAGUGCGGGAACUGAAGACAAUCAAGUCUAAAGAAAAUGCCUACCGGGAAGUGUGCGAAGGCGCCGACAGCUGCAGGAGCUGACCGUCAAGCUGUCUCGUCGCAAACAGAAUCUGCUGCGCGCGGCGAGGUACGCCUAGAAGUAUGGCCAAAUGGAGCGUGACGUGAUUUAGAAGGCCAAGAAGGACAGAAACAUGUACAUUCCAGCCGAGCCGACGGUGACCUUCGUCAUCCGCGGUAUCAACAAGGUCCGCAAGGUGCUGCAGCUGUUCCGUCUGCGGCAGAUCAACAACGGCAUCUUCAUCAAGCUGAACAAGACCACUAAGAUCAUGCUGCGCAUCGCCGACUCGUACGGAAUUCGUCCCCUUCUACAUGUCAUCGCUUGGUUGGCUGGCGCUCCUCGCGACAUGGUUGCUCACACUUGAAUCCACCAGUUUGCCGAGACUGCCGAGUUCUGCUUGCGUAAGGAACGUGCUCGUGGCGCUCGUUCGAUCGAACUUCCUCAUCAACUACACGUCGCAUUACAAACUGGCCAUGACCCCAGCACUGGGAAAUGCCUUUGAAGCGAAACUCGUCUUGAAUACGACCCGACAAACUUGUUGAGCCCGGAACUACACCAAGAUUGGCGUCAACGGCACGUACUGUCUGGUGUUCAAAACGGCAAAGCGGAUGCUCGGACCUCCACCCGCGGAAAUUGAAACCGUCCGUUCAGACGCACCAUAAAACGCAGUCGCUGCUGGUCUUUUUGUGAGCCUUCAAGAACAUCACACCUCAUCCGACGCAGCACCCGCUUUCAGUAGACAAGCUGUUCAGAUUGUUUACUGUUACGCAGUCCGGUGCUGCUGCUGCUGCGGUUCUCUGUCUCAGAAGUCGUAUGAGCAAGUCCCGCUCUCACGGAUGGACGCAUUCUCUAGCAGAGCCCGGCCACAACCCGGACG